AGUAUGAUUAUUACAAAUCAAAUAAUUUAGCAGUACAGAUUGAUAUGCUAAAUGGAUGAUGAGGAAGAUAACACAGUUACCGAGUUUGUAGCAACAUCUACCGCGCAGCUAUUUAAUGUCUACACUGCAACUGACCAUGCAGUGGAUCCUGAGGGCAAAGUGCUGCUCCAAUACAUAAAAUCAGUCCUGCUAGAAGCUCUCCACUCUGGUAAACCUCAUGAAGCUCUGUCUCGCGAGAUAGUGAGCACGUUGUCACGGCUCAUCUGCGCAGGUAAGAAUCCUGAAACAGAGCUGCCCCUUCUGAAGAAGGCACUUGGAGCUGGAGGUCCUUGUGGUAAGAUACUCCAGUACAAUGAGCCCACGUUUAGCUGUUUGGAGUGCGCGCUGGACCGCACCUGUGUCAUGUGUAUGGACUGUUAUUACGCGAGUCCGCAUCACACGGAGAAACACAACCUUCACGUCAACACUUCUCACGGUAGUGGAAUGUGUGACUGUGGGGAUGUAGAGGCUUGGAAAUAUGGUCACGCCUGCUCAGUACACGCUGGCAAAGGAGACGAGGAGGACGCUGCUGUGGAGAUGAAGCUGCCUCCUAAAGUCAGGAACAUUGCUACUAUUGUCUUCAAGGAAUUGUUAGAGCUGGCAAUGAAAGCGUUCAUUGAGAAGGGAGAGAGUUAUGAUGAACAGUUCGAGCUCCCCCUGGCAGUGUUACCAGCCUUUGGGGACUGUGUAGAUGCCAGUGACAGAUACGUAACAGUGAUCUAUAACGACGAAGUUCACAAUUUUGACGAGGUUAUCGCACAGUUCAAGCAGCUGCUGAAGAGUUCACACAGCGAAGCCUCUGCCUACGCCACGUCUAUCGACAGAGAAGGAAGGAUGCUGAUACGGACUGCGGGCAAGGAGGAAUGUCAGGAACUUACCAGACAGUUCCUCAGUUACAAACCUGGAGAACAUUCCAGAAUCAGAUUCAACAAGGAACCUUUAGUCACGAAAUCAAUGCCGGAGUUUGUGUUCGUUCUCCAGAAUAUCAUGGUGGACGUUGUGGACUGGUUGUCAGAUCUAGCUCGAUUAAAUGCAGCUUUCAAACGGAUCGCUUGUAACGUGAGUUUCAAAGAAGAAGACAACUCGGAGUGUUUUAUUGAGCGGGUAAUGUUACACGAACCUUACUUCUGGAAGAAAGUAAAGUGCGCCUGGCAUAACCUCUUCAUGUCAGCUUACUUCGGGGAUUCUCUCUACAAGAAGGAUAUUGGUGUGCUCUUCAUUAAGAAUUACAGCGCGGUCUUUAGGUCGUUUCUGGAGGAUGAUAAGGUCAGAGAGUUCCCCUACUGUAUAAUAUCGCUCACAGUCCAGCUCUUCACUGUGCCCUCCAUCUCCAAUAUCCUCAUGACAGAGUACUCCGCACUGGAAAUCAUCUUCAGGCAGUUCGUGGACUUCUACAGCAAGUUUGUUAAGCAGGAGUCUGGCAUCUCCAAGUUCCAGAACCUUCAGUCCAACUCUACAAUCUCUAAACGGCGCACACGGAUAAACCACGUGCUACUCGACGCUAAGUACAUUCUUACAAACAUUCCUGAUGAGAUUCCAUCCUCGACGGAGGACGCGUUUCUGGCGUUCUUGCAGCUGUUCGUGAACUUCAUUUCGUAUAUGCAGGAAAUGAACCCUCACAUUAGAGAAAGUGGUAACCACAUUCUCCGAGAGAAGGAGUGGGACCAGUACUUCAUCCUCGAGAUAUCUGAGAUAAGGCAGAUAAUGUCGUAUGUAGCACGGUGGUGCACGGCCACCCCACGUCUCUUUGUUAAGUCUCUGGAAAUCUUGAUUAAAGCGCAGCUGGAUAACAGUGAGAAGUUUGAGUUAUGUGACCCAACAGCUGUGACCUCUACAGUUUCCUUGGCAUCCCUCGUUCGCUCCCUGGGUGGUGGUCCACUUACUGCGCAGUGGGAGCAGCAGCACCGCCAACUAGGUGAUCAGCCUCUCUUUGCGCGCAAAAUGUGCUACGUUCAGCACGACAUGUUCAAAGAUCCCGUCUCAUUCCACAUCCCGGUGACCAGGUUGUUCUCCAUAGUGUUCUCUCACUUCCCCAAGUUUGACCUGCCACUAGAACUGCUUCUGAAGACCUUCACUCCAGAGGAACUGUUGGACCUACCUCUCCGGUCCAUCCUCCUUAGUCAGCAGAUUGAGGCGAGCAUGUGGAAGAGAAAUGGAACAACAAUGGAGAACCAGAGUAUGUGUUACAGAGAUCACUACAAGUCUAUAAUGUGGGACAAGGAUUUACUGGCGGUCCAGCUACUCCUCACACUCUGUCACCCAGAGGAUGCAAUACUGAAGAUCGUUCAAAAAUACAAGAUUGAGCCGUAUCUGGUGCUUCUCAGCUCCGAGACUAGCUAUGAUCCUCUUCUCAGAAUGGCUGAGGCUUUCUCUUCUCUUCUUCUCUACGUUAUUUGUGAGAGGUUUAGGCUGAACAUUAGUGAGGCGAAGGAGUGUGAUAUUAUUCGUAAAGAUGCUGUUCACAUCCUGGCCAUUAGUAACGUCCCCCGAAGUAAGAUAAUUAAAACUCUGGAGGCUAACUUUGACCAUUUUGAGGAAGACAUUACAAAGACUGACGAGAUUGAUGAGAUACUUGAUAUAAUAGCGGAGAAGAUCCCGGUGAAGGAUGGAGUGAAGACAAUGCUGAAACUGAAGCCAGAGUACUACAACGAGUUUACUCCCUUCUACUACCACUACUCUCAUGGACAAAGACAGAGUGCUGAGAACACCUACUAUCAGAGACAAGCUAACAACACUGAAGGGUUCAAACCUCCGCCUCUUCCUGGCUUCACUAAACUAACAAGGCAACUGAGACAUUACCUUACAUGUCCCAUCAUACAGCGCUUUAUCUACGUGGUGCUCAAGAGAUUCAACAGUGACACCUCCGCGCUCGUCUCAGACCUGCUCCUUCAUCAAAUUCUCUACUUGACCAUGUUCGGAGUGUUGGACGAACUGAACACCCCUGAUAAUCCUCUCCCGGUAAAGUUCUCUCACUGUCUAACAAGACCUGACAACCCAGCGUACCUGAUCCAGGAAGAGGGAGAGUGUUCUAUUGUAUCCCUCCUUAAAAACCUCCUUUCUGUGGACGUGAAGAGUGUUAACGAGAUAAAGCCUCUUAUCCGCUGGAUCUUGAAGACGUGUGAUAUUCUGACUGACACAGCCAGCACGCCCGAGGGAACAGAAAGUGAGACGAUUGUGGAAUCAUCCCCUAAAUCAGGAGCAGAUUCCCACAAGGAGAUGAUGAAGAAAAGACGCGAGCAUCUGAUGAAGAACUUUAAAACACAGCAAGCCAAGUUCAUGGUAGAGAACCAGGAAGCGUUUAAUAACAUUGCUGAGGAUGAGAACAAAACGGAAGAGGAACUGAUGGAGACAGGAGAGGAAACAGAGCACUUCGUGUGUGGUCCAAACAAGGGUCCAAUACCACGACCAGAGAGCAAUAUCCUGACCUGUAUCCUGUGUAAGGACAGUGAGAAGGUUAACACUGGUUACAGUACUAUGAUGUACGGGUGUUUGAUUGAGAAGAGUGUGGUGCUGAAGACGGAUAAAGAUAACGAGAUAUCAGAUGAUUACAGGAUGAGUUAUCUAGUAGGAGGAGAGAACCUGCAUAUCCAGUCAUGUGGUCACCCAAUGCAUCUCAAGUGUCUGCAGUCCAUCAUGAAGCUGUCUCCUGCUCUCCAACACCUCCUUACUAUGACCGGAGCUGAUAGGAACCGCUACUCCUUCUUCCUCCCCAAGGGAGAGUUCUCCUGUCCUUACUGUAAGAUGGCAGCUAACUGUGCUCUGCCAGUUGUGGGUUAUGAACCACGUGACGUUCAAGAUAUCUCCACUGAGGACUUCCUUAAAGAUGUGAUCUACAGUUUGGAAGCUAACAAUGAUAUAGAACUGAUGGAGCUGGAGUUCUCUGAGUCCCCUGCCACAAGGAGCCCUACAAUGCCAACUAUAGUUGGUUUAGAUCACUUGGCUGAUGCACAAAACUUCAUGGAAAUUCUCAGAGAUUCGAUGCUCCAUGACAGAAUCAACCGAAUGAGCGAAGAGCUGCCAGCAGCUGAAUCUCCUGGUCCUGACCAAGUGGACCCUGGUACUAAGUUUAAGGAGGACAUGAGACGGUUUUACCGGAGAGCAAAGAAUAUCCUGGACCAAGACGCUAUUGGAGCUAGGUGCUAUGCACCCUUCACUUUGAAGAUGAUAUCCUACACUUUCUCCAUGUUGGAGCGGAUACUGAGGGAGAAGCCCCUGUUAGCCGGGCUGGCCGAGUACCAAGAGGGAUUCUUCGAGUCUUUCCUCCAUUCUCUUCACAAGAGCAUGACGCUCAAUGACCACCUCUACAACCAGGAACUCACUCGGGAAUUGCUCUACGUUUUCUCCGCUCAGGUCUCAGAUAGUGUAGAUUUACCCAGUAUCCUCAACACUGAUAUCUUCACUGUGUUCGUCGCUGCGAGGUUCGUUAUCUUCAACGAAAGUAAGAGUUACGACAGUGCAAUGGUUGAGUUGUGUGUCAUUGCAAAGAUCAUCAAGAUCCUACUGUCAGUGUCCCCGGACGAUCUUGUUGGAGCUGACACUGGUGCUGAUGACAGUGAUGCUAUUCAGCUAGCUACUUUGUGGGGCUAUGUUAGGAAAAUGUGCGGGCUCAGUUCCACUGAUGAUCCCUUUAAGUGCCCAACUUAUCUGGUGUCUAAAGUACAGCUCAAUCUACUUCCUCUCCUCAGAAAGUUGGCGCUCUUCCUCAGAUACGCCACUUCCAUUACAGGCUGUGCUGCAAUGAAGGAGAUACAGAGCCCACAGGGAGAGUUUAAUCUGCUUAUGCGUUAUCUCAACAUCUCGUCUCUCACCAACCUUCUUACUAUCGAUCCAGGCUACAAGCUGGAUCUCAUCCAAAAGUGGUGCCGGUCUUUGAACAGGGACAAGUUUAUGGCAACUGUAGAGGUGAAUAAAACGAAAAGGGAAGCAAAACUGAUCGAUUUACCUACAAAUUUCGUCGAUUUAUUGGUGAAGGCAUCCAAAUACACCUGCCCUAAGAUCAAGUUUGGUAAAAUCCAGACGACGGCAGUUUGUCUAAUUUGCGGGGAUUUGGUCUGCUUCCAGAGCUAUUGUUGUCAGGAAUCUAUAGGCGACAGUAACUUCGGACCGUGCAACAUGCAUGCUCACCGUUGCAGCGGAGAUUUGGGAGUUUUCCUGACCCUGGAAAAAUGUCAGGUUCUCUUUCUCCCCCUCAGGACUCAGGGUAUUUUCAUUAACGGACCUUAUGUUGACAAAUACGGAGAAGGAUAUAAAUACACUAAGAAUAAGGCACUGACUUUGUCCCCUCAAAUCUACCGUAAGAUAGAAAUGAUGUGGAUCAGGCAUGAGAUUAGACCAAUGGUAGCACGGAAUAGCGAGGGGUUGGGUUUCUCCAGAAUUGAACAGAUCGGCCUUAUGUACUGAAACUUUCGUUUUUGGGAUGUAUAUUUUGUGAUACAACUUCUCGUGAUGCAUUCAACUUAUAGUUUUAAUCACUUUAACUUAAUUGUGUAUAUUGAUUGUUUGGUUUUGCAUUUCCAUUCA